AUGGUCCGCUUCCCGCACCUCCUCGGCCACCUGGUCCACGGCCUGAGCCUCGUCGCCGCCCUCCCGUCUCCGGAGCAGAGCGACAAGGCCGCCGUCCUCGAGACGCGCGCCACGGUUCCCGGCCGCUGGGAGUCGCUCGGAGGCGUGCUCGUGUCGCCGCCGUCGGUGGUGUCGUGGGCGGCGAACCGGCUCGACGUGUUCGGCAUCGGCACCGACUCGGCGCUGUGGCAUCGCUGGUGGGACGGCUCGCGCUGGGGCGGCUGGGAGUCGCUCGGCGGCGUGCUGCACAGCACGCCCGUCCCCGUGUCGUGGGGCCCCGGCCGCCUCGACAUCUUCGCCGUCGGCACCGACAGCGCCGUGUGGCACAAGUGGUUCGGCUCGUCGCGCUGGGGCGGCUGGGAGUCGCUCGGCGGCAUCAUCCAGGGCACCCCGUCGGCCGUCUCGUGGGCCUCCAACCGCAUCGACCUCUUCGGCAUUGGCAGCGACUCGGCGCUCUGGCACAAGUGGUGGGACGGCUCGCGCUGGGGCGGCUGGGAGUCCCUCGGCGGGAUCCUGACGUCGAAUCCCUCGGCCGUCUCGUGGGGACCGAGGAGGCUCGACAUCUUUGGGCUCGGCACCGACCACGCCCUGUACCACAAGUGGUAUGACGGCUCGCGCUGGGGCGGCUGGGAGUCGCUCGGCGGGGUUCUCCAUUCCGACCCGGCUGCCGUCUCGUGGGGACCCAACCGCAUCGACGUCUUCGCCGUGGGCUCCGACCACGCGCUCUGGCACAAGUGGUGGGACGGCUCCCGAUGGGGCGGCUGGGAGAGCCUCGGCGGCACGCUCGAGUCCCUCCCGGUGGUCGUGUCUGAUGCGCCCGGGAAGCUCGACAUCUACGGCGUCGGCACCGAUAGCGCCGUCUGGCAUCGCGCCUACUCUAACGGCUGGAAGGCCUGGGAGUCUGUCAAGGGGACUGUCGAGUCGCCGCCCGCCGUGGCAUCGUGGGGACCCAACCGGAUCGACGUCUUUGCCCUCGGCACAGACCACGCGCUGUGGCACAACUAUUGA